GUGGGGAGGGGAGGGGAAGGGCAAAGGACGCCUCUCUUUCUCAGUUGUCGACAUUUGGCCCCCUGUGCUUGUGUGGCGGGCGGCGUUUCUGUGCGGUAGUGGUGGAUCAUGAAGCUCCGGGCGUGAGCUGCGCCCCGGGUGUGGACCGGCCGUCUCGUGGCUCCUUUGUUUUUUUUUCCCUCUCUCUGAAGAGAUCAGAUUUCAUAACAAAAAGAAUCGAAAGUGCCAGGAGGUUUGGGCAGGGAGAGAGUGUUGUUUGCCAGUACACGGAGAUCGUGUUGUCUUCAUCAUAGCUUCCGAAGGAGAGAAACCUUCCUAGGCUUUUGUAUUUAAAGGUUGUGUCACUGAGUAUAAGUUUAAACCUCAAGGAAAGAGGAUAACAUGUGAGUUUUAAAGCGUUCGCCCCCCUCCCCUGUGUCUAGUGUUGGUCUUGAGGUGCCAGGUGACUUAGAUGGGAAAGGUGGUACAGUCAAAGUGUCCCCUGCUUUGGUUUUUGUCAUUCUAAAUAAUUGUAGAAGUGAGCAAGUUUAUUUCUUUUUUCUUAUAACCGGAUGAUGCUUUCUUCUGAGGCCACACCAGAGGCGCUCCAUUCCCCAUCUCAUGGUUCCAGGUCCUCGGAGCCACCCCCAACCACUUGUAGCUCUGAAUGCCCCUUUACAGAGUCGGGAUUGAACUUCAACUCUGAUCUUGGCCUUGUGGACCUGAGCGAGGUUGAAUACACCCAACUACAGCACAUGCUAUAUUCACACAUGGAGUCCCAGUCAGGGGAAGGUGAGCUGGAGAGUCGGCUGAAUCCUACUUUAUAUCAGUCCUCCAACCCCACCAACCAGGUUGCAUGUUCAACAGCCAACUCGGUUAACCAGGUUCCUUACUCCACAACCAACUCUGCCAAUCAGAAUGUGUACCCCACCACUGGUACUACGAACACCAGCUCAGAUUCUCACUAUGUGGGUAACAACCAAUAUUUAGGGCACAUUGAUUUCCAAGAGUUAAAAAUGAUGCUUUUGAAUGAUCCUCCACUACCUAUUAACAUGACUAAUAAUUUGCAACAUAUGGAGAAAUUCUCCCAAAAUUCUUCUACAGAAACCACCCGACCUAAUGGACUAAUGCUGAAAAAUAGAGACACAAUGGGUAAUUCAGACAAGAAGAUUUCUGGGGACAGUUCAGUAGCAGGACAAGAAUCGAGAUCUAAAACUGGACUCAGAGUUCGUCUUGAAGAUAGAUUUAAUGCAGUCCAAAAUGAAAACACAGAACGGCAGGAGCUGCAGGAUUCUGGAAUUACUUUUAACAAUUUGGUUGCUUUGAUCCGGCAUCCUUCAGAGUUGAUGGGGAUACCUCUCCACCCACAGCAAAACAAAUGUACUACUUUCGUCAAAAGCAAGACUGGGACUUCUGCUCUGCAAUUUGCAUACCCUUUAUACACACCAAGUACGUGUACGCCAACUGGCAGUACUAGCUGUAGUCAAACUCAGGGCACAGGAAACCAAGCCAAUGUGCUAGACUCUGCCACCCCACAGGAGCUUACCCUGCCAAGAGCAUUUUCUUUAUGUUUACAGCAGGAACUCCAAUCAGCUCGGCAGGCACUGAGUAACUGCAACAGAAACAAGUCUUUACCUGAUCAAGUUUGGAUUAAAGUGGAAGAUGAAACUCUUUGUAAACAGGUAGUGAAUAAACGCUGUCGUAGUCGCACACGGCAAGUCAAUAUAGAAACAGAGCACAAAGUUCUAAGUGACCUGACUAACGUGACAGAGAAUCAAAAUAUAAACAUUGCCCCAGGUGGACAGUGGCAAACUACACAUCCAGUCACAUCUGGCUCAGCCCAUGGGAACCAACAGGAACUGAACUGCCAGCGUAGAGAGAGACACAACAGAAUGGAGAGAGAUCGCAGGCGCAGGAUCCGUAUAUGUUGCGAUGAGCUGAAUUAUCUUGUUCCCUUCUGCAAUUCUGAAACUGAUAAAGCUACAACAUUACAAUGGACUACUGCGUUUGUCAAGUAUAUUCAAGAAAAACAUGGUGAUACAGUGAAAAAGGAAUUUGAGAGUGUUUUCUGUGGGAAAACUGGCAGGCGACUGAAACAACCACGAGUAGAAGCACCAGUCGAUCACACUGGAGUUACCAGUGUACACAAUCAUGGUGUGCAGGAAGGUAAAUGAACUCCAGUAUGAGUGAACUUACAGCUCCAAGAGAGGUGCAAAGUUAGAUCUAUUUUCCUGAUUCACUAUACCAACAGUAAGGAUCAGGAAGUGGAAAAGAAUAUCCAAACACAGUAAUAAACCAAUUGUCAUCCCUGCUUAGGCGGUAUUACCACCAGCAAUGUUCAGAACUCUAAACUUUCACUGUUAAAUCAAAGAUGGUGGUAGGAACUUUGAGUCCACCAUGAUUCGUACCAUAUAACUGUAUUUACUAAAUCCCCAGAAGUCCAGGUUUUUACUUAUUCGUCAAUCAUCUGUAAUUUGUAUUUUAUUUCUCAUUCAACUUCUUUGUUGAAGAGAAGGGACAUUCCAGUGAGCAGACUGACAGACAAAUGCCAUUCUUUGAAAGUUUUGUCCAGUCAUGGUGAGUAAUUUGUCAUCAGUGAUGCUUAAGCUGGAUGAGUUAAAGGCCCAAAUGCUCAUCUUGGCUAUCAGUCCUCCCAUAUAAGAUUUCUAAAAUAUUUUAAUGUGUGUUAUAAGUAAUAAGCAUUUUAAUAAAAUCACGGUAGAUUCAUACUUUCCCCAUCUGUCUUUGAUUUUAAAUUCAAUGGAGUUGGUGCAUUAGUAUUGACCAGUCACGGCACUGCUAUGGUGUCUGAACAUUGUAUGAAUUGAUUUUUAUUAGCCAGAAACUGUUGACAACAGCAACUUAAACACACUGGACAGUUCUACACCCAAAUGCUGCUAAUAAAAUGAAAAAGCAAUUAAAGAGACAGCAUACACUUAAUUAUAAAUGAUCAAACAUCCACAAUUACAAAAACUAGCCAAGCUAGAAGAAAGGGUGCAUAAAUGUACAACUUCUCACAUACUGCAAUGUCUUCUUUUUUAAUCCCAGUAUGAACAGCUUGGGAAAAGUCAAAUUCAUUUUCACAAGAUUGAAGCACUUUAAUAAAGCACGCUAAUAGUGUUGUUAAGCUUCGUAUCAUCCAGUGUGUUGCAAAAAGUGGUUGCUGUCUAUUUACUGGAAACUGCUAGUUAACUAUUAUAUAAGCUUUAACAUUUUUUGCAAUAUAUUUAAGGUGCAAAAUAUUUAUAAUCUUUAACAAUACAAAAUGAUUCUUCAUAAAAAGUUUUAUUAAUUAAAUAAUCUGUUAGGUUUUAUUUCAAUGACUUGUUAAUUGUUUAUGAUGCUAUUAACCUUUAAAAUAAAGGAUGACAAAUACUUGAUAAAUUAUUUCAUAAUUAGUAAACCAUAUAUUGAUCUAUAUCAUUUAAUUACAGUUAAUAUUUAUUUGAGUUAAACUGGAUAGCUUUUAGUUAAUAUGUUCAAAAUAAAUAUAAAUAGUAAUCCUUGAAAGGUUUUUUUGUCAACUUGAGCAGUAACAAUGCUGAUGGUAUUAAUGAAACAUGUUUCACUGUACAUUUCUGAUUUUAAAAAGAUCUAGCAAAAUAUUAUAACUAAUUAUUUGUACUUUAUCUUUGAGCUAAUAAAAGUAUA